CAGACCUGAGUCCCAGCUAGUUCCACGCUCUGGCAGGGAAUCCAGUCAAGGUUAAGUAAGAUAGGGUAGCACUAGCAAGCCGCCGGAUUUCCGUCACACCAUCGACACCAGCGCCAGACUAUCGGCGAUCGCAACCUGAUUUCAAUCUCUUUCUGGAAUUGCCUUUAUUCAUGGUCGGACUAACCAUAAAUUUUCUCGAAUUUUCGCCAGUACUCUCUCUCUGCUAUGAAACUGUCAAGAUUGAGCGGGUAGCUUCUCCUUUCGAGCAAGCACACCAAACGUCGAUUCGAAAAAGGCGAGUCGCAACGUCGAGUAAUCGCUUUCCCCAACAAAUCUUCUUACGAACCGGUUCGUCCCGCCAAUCCCGCGUGCGGCGCUUGUGGACAACCUCACCUGCACCACGCAAAGCAAGGCUUCCAACGCCACGCGGGUUGGAAAUAUGCCCGACGUGAAGCAAGUACGGACUUUACCACCAUGGAUUGAAUCUUACAACACUCGACUUGGUGCACCUUCUGAGGAGCACAUCAGUCCACUGGAGCCCCAGCUGCCACAACCGACCAUACUGCCGCAGCACAACAGUCAACCGAACGAACCUCAGAGAGUGACGACGCACAGCAGCGGAAGCAGUAGCCAGAAGGCUCGGCGCCAACAGCAGUCGCCGGACGGGUAUCCAGACUCGUCGACCGAGAAGCUUCCGCUGAAGAAUCGUCGACCGCGAAACUUGUCCCAGUUUAUUACAGGCAAGGGUCCGAGCAAGUGGGAUCAUCUGCGGUCAGCGGAUCCAGUAAUUGUGCCCAACCGCGCACCGCAGUUGCAGCAGACAUGGCGCGACUUUGUAACCUCGUCCAGCUACGCGGCUCACAUACCCAACGAGCACUCAGAAAUCGUUGAUGACGCGGAUUUGGAGAAACUACAGCCCGGGCUGAACGAUCCGAUCCGUCUCCCUAGCUCGGCUGGUGGUGACACGGCGUACAAAUCUUCCACCAACACCAAACCACGGCAGGCGACUCCAUUCCUGGAACGAUUGAUACUCGUGCCGGUGCGCCACCCACUGGGACCAUUGUUCUGUCGUCUAAUGGUGCUUUCAACCUCGGUGGUCGCUUUGGCAUUGGCUGCCACCAUUCAAAGGAGAAUUUCAGAAGAUUCUGGGGACCCGGACGUCGGUCAGGAGGAGCGCGGCCAAGCCAUCUUUGCCAUUGCUGUUGAUACAGUCGCAAUCCCUUAUAUCGGCUACAUCACGUGGGACGACAACAUGGGUAGACCUCUCGGCUUGCGUCCACCCAAAGAGCGUGUCAAAUUGAUUCUCAUGGACCUUUUCUUUAUCAUGUUCAAGGCUGCCAGCACCGGCCUGGCGUUUGAGACGCUCAUCUUUAGCAAGGUGUCCUGGACGAUCUCGCUCAUCCGGGCACUGGCAGCGUUUGAACUGAUAGGCUUGGUAUCGUGGGGUAUGACGCUGAUUGCAAAUGUUUUCAGAGUCGUGGAGCGACUUGGUGGAUGAUGAAACCGUGCUCGAGGAGAGGAGUCAGACACUGUGAAUCGACCCUUGAGCCAUCCCAAUGUGCUCCCUCGAUCCCAGGGACUGGUCACGUUGAGAAAAAAAAAAACCAGGGCCCGAGAACGAGAUCCAUCACUCCCUUGAAACAGGAUGAGUGUUGUGGACUGACUCAUCAUGAACGAUGAAGACUCCGCCCUUCUAACAAGCCCCACACCCAACAUACACGAUGAUCACUAUCCCUUUUAUGUUUUUCUGUGUUCUUAUUAUAUUACGACUUCCUGAAGCGAUUUUCGAAUUUUUUGGCAUCGGCGAGGCGUUACAAGGGAAGGGACAGACGGAAUUUUAGUUCGUCGAAAUAUUUGGUCACAGGCAACCAAGUCCAUGUAAGGGUACAACCGUCCUUACGUUGUAUUAAAUAGUUUAUACCUAAGUCGGCAUUGAAUUGAUACACAUUAUAUCCAGAUCAACACCAUUCUCAAAGCCUGGAGGCCUUACUGUUCAUAUCUUGGGAAGCGAUUUCUAUGACAAGUUUCCCAAACUGCUUGCCGGCUUUCAGAUCAUCAAAAAGACCGUCUAUGCCUUCAAGAUUAUCCAGUCCCUUGACAACACGGCUCACAACAGGCUUGAUCUCGUGUUUGCGAACGAACUCAAUCAUGUUACGAUAGUCCUUGCGACUUCCCAUGGUCGUACCACGUAUCUCGAUAUGUUUGAGCACAGCCUGCAUUAUCCAGUCCAUCUUAGGGCCAGUGGUCAUGCCGUAAAUUGAAAUGAUUCCACCGGGUUUGAGCACCUGCAGCGAUCGCUUUACGAUGUCACCCCCUGCCCCGUCAAUGAUGGCAUCGAGGAACGGCCUGACCUUGGGUAGCAUCUCGGCGAGCUGCUUGUCCCAAUCGGCAUCGCGAUAGUUGACGCCGCCCUCGGCCCCAAGCUGCUUCGCACGCUCAAUCUUGUCCGCCGUCCCGCUCGUCACCCACACGCGGCAGUUCAUGGUCACGGCGAAUUGGAGCGCCGCCAGGGCGACUCCGCCGCCGAUCCCCGUGAUGAGGACGUUUUUGCGCGGCUCCAACGGGUUCACGGUCGGCGAGAUGCCGGCCUUGAUCACGACGGCGCGCCAGGCCGUGAGCCCCACUAGCGGCAGCGCAGCGCCCUCGGUGGGGCUCAAAUGCUCCGGCGCCAGCUCGACCUCGUCGGCGUCGAUGACGGCGUACUCGCGCGCGGUCCCGGCGUCCUCGUACGUGAUGGCAUUGCCGCACACGGCGAACUUGAAGAGCUCUUCGGGCCCGUCCGGGUCGGUCCGCCAGCCGCGCGAAGGCGUGGGCAGGACGGCCUUGCCGACCAGGUGCGGCGGUCCCGACACGACGGUGGCGUAGCCGUCCGCCAGCAUCGGGGCGUCGAAGGAUAUGCCCGGGUACAAGUGCUGGCGGAUAAAGAGGUCCCGGUGGUUCAGCGCGGCCGCGUGGUAGCGGAUCAGAAGCUGGUUGGGGCCGGGGCUUGGCAUGGGCACCUCCUUGAGUUCCAGGCUACAUGGGCAGUGUUAUUUUAGCCGAGCGUCAUUGACGCGAAACUCCAUUCCCUCCCUUCCGAUUGAUUUCGGUCUUUGGGCGUCACAUACGGGUAAUAAACCUUGCCCGGCUUCCCGCCCUCUGUCUUUUUCACGCUGAGUUGAAGAGGCAUGAUUGCAAGUGGAUGUAUAGCCGGUGUAAGCUAUUGUAGGUGUAAGCAGUAAAGGUGGAUUGUGUUUUGGACGAUCUUCUAUUGAGCAACAAUUGCUGCUGAAUAUAAUACAACUCAAUAAAUCAUGCUCUUACACCGUGUGAUGUUGAAUAUGAUUUAAAAACCAAAACUUCUUCAGAGUCGAAAAGAAUGAUAUAACCUUGUAAGCAAAGUCGAUCCGGACCGACGGAGACUGGUGAUGUAAGUCGGUCCCCGCACUCUCCAGAAAAACCUCGGCUCGCU